UCACGAUUGAUUCCACGCCAAACAACAACAACAAAGAUGGCGCUAAACCCAAGGUUCGCGGCUGACAUUGACGCCAAUGCCGAUCUCUACGAUGAGGGCGGCUUUCCUGACGAAGACUUCUUUGCCGAUGGCGUGGAUCCCUGGGAGGAGAUGGGCGAGCCUGCAUACGACAACUUUAACGUGGCAGAGGCAGUGCAAGAGCUCGGCGAAUCAGGCCAACCUGCCGGGUAUCUGUCUGUUGCACCCGAUGGCGAGUACGACGCUAGCCGCGCCCAGCCUGAUGGCGAUGACGACGGCUAUCUGGCCGUGAACCCGGAGUGGUUGGAGGAGCAGUGGAAGCUGUUGUCCGUGCAGCCGUGGUUCCGUGGCGCCCAGUCGUACACCCGGCACGACGCCACCACAGAGCUCGCACAGGCAGAGCCAGGUACUUUUGUUGUGCGCAUCUCCCAGUCGCAGCCUGGCCAUUAUGCAAUCAGCGCCAAGACAACGGCAAACAAGAUUGUCUCCAUGCUCAUCCUGCCGUCAUGGGCUGGUGCUGACAGCACGGCUCCGGGUCACACCCAGUACCGCCUUGGCACCGCGUCCACCCUCCUCUUCAACACCGUGCCCCGACUCAUCAAAUACUACACAGAGAACAACUACUACAUGGGGGAGCGGUUGAAGGGUGAAGUGGUGCCGGAGCAGCAGGAAGGAGGCUACAUGCUGCUCGCACCAACUCAAUAACUCAACUGGCACAAGCAUGCAUGCGUAUGUGUGUGCGUGUGUGUGUGCGUGUGUGUGUGUGCGUGUGCGUGUGU